CCUCUCCGCUCCACCACGCAGUCCAAUUGCGCCCGCCAUGUCGAGCAUCGUCGGACGCACCGCCUUCCGCGCCGCCCCGCGCCUCCGCGCCACCCAGGUCCCCCGCCGAUGGAACUCCACCGCGAGCUCCAACGCCAGCGACGCCGGCAAGGCCGACAGGCAGGCCGGCAAGGACGCCCUCAAGGCUGGAGCCAAGCGCGACCCUGAGCUCUACGUCCUCCUCGCCAUCAUGAGCGGCAUCUUCGGCGUUGCGGGAUGGCAUUUCUCCCGAUCGCCCACCAGCGCCUCUUCCGAGCGAUCCGUCUCACAGGCACCCAACAGCAAGCCCUGGGAGGAGGGUGGCGGCGAGGGCAAGUACCAGUACCACCCCGGCGGUGACACCAGCGCCCCCAAGAAGGACGCUCCUUCAGCGCUUAACACGGUCAUCAUUCCUAACGUGACUCUGCCCAAGGAACUGCACGACGCCUACAACAAGUGGGGCAAGGACGGAUACUAGAUCAUCUGCACUCAACGUCCGUUUUCUUGAAUCACUAGACAAUGCACACCCGACAUCUCACCAUUUCCUUGCUGCGAUGGCUUCGCACCC